UUAAAUUACGCAAAAAAAAAGAUUUGAUAGUUUCACACUAUAACAACUAGGGUUUUAAUUUGGAUCCAAGCCUGAAACUUUUCUUAUUUGAUGAUAUGGGCACAUCGGGCAUUUGGUUCUUUCGUGGGCUCAAUGAUGGGUUCGUUGAAGUUCCUGAGUGGUGUGAUUAAUGUUGCUUCGUUUCCUGUCCUCUGUGUUACUUACUUGGAUAAGCUCUUCCCUGUUCUUGAAUCCGGGUGGCCCCGAAAUGUCGGCAUAUUCGCCUCAACAGUGGUCUUAUCUUUCCUAAACUAUACUGGCUUAGCUGUUGUUCUCGGUCUGGUGUCUCUCUCGCCUUUCCUUGUUAUGUCGGCUAUGGCAAUCCUUAAGAUCAAACCUCACCGUUGGGGUAGCUUAGGAAACAAGGAAAAAGAUUGGAAUCUCUACUUCAACACACUCUUUUGGAACUUGAAUUUCUGGGACAAUGUCAGUACUCUUGCAGAGGAACUGGACGAGCCUCAAAAGACAUUCCUUAUUUGCGUUGUAAUGACCAUAGGAGCAAUCGGUUGGUACUUCUUGAUCAAUUAGUUGAGGAAGAAUAAGAUCUUCGAAUUCAA